GUAAGAAUGACGCGACUGAAUUCCAACGAUACACAGACUACAACAACAUCCCUGCCUUGCAGGACCUACAGGUUGUUGUUUGCAACCAUCAAACUAGUCCGCCGCUCCCUUUUGUGAUAUACCUGUAUUUUAUCAUCGCUGGUCGAUGUCCCACUUCGAUACCGAGCACUCCAACUUGGAGAAUAACCCUCCUAUCCUGAAGCUGCCUUUCGAAAUUCUUGAUUAUUGCUGGGGUUAUCUGAGACGACAGGAUCUUCUCCAAGUGUCCCGCGUGUCCCGCGUAUUCUGGUACACCUCGAGAUCUAGGAUAUUUCAGUCGCUCACUGUCACCCUGCCAUCUCCGGACAUCCUCCCCUUCAGCCAGAAUCUGGUCCGUCUCUCAACGAACAAAGUUCCUAAGAUGCUUGAACGUGCUACUACCCGAAUCACAAGUUUCUAUUCAGAUCCAGGUGCUGGUGAACUCUGGGACAUGGUCCAAGAUUGGACGAUUGCAGCUGCGCCGGCGAUCAGGAGCAACAUCCGCUACUUUGUUCGCUCACAAGAAAAGAACCUGGCUCCGAGUCCGGUCGAUGUCAUCUUUCCGUUUGUGUCAUGCAGUCGUAACCUUCGCUCUCUCGAACUUGUCCGCAUGAAUCUUGGAAGGCAACAAUGGAUCAUCAUCGAAUCCUUACCUGUACUAGAGACUCUCAGACUCAUCUCAUGCCUCUUCCCGCCUUCAUCUCAUUUGGAGCGCCCACUCAAACUAAAGGAACUUGCGAUCGCUGGAGACAGCUUCGGUCCCCGUUCAAUUGAAGAACCAUUGGUUCCUGUGCUCUGUAACCCAGCCUAUCUAGAAAAACUCACCCUCAUCGAUUUUCUUAUCACCCACACUGUACUAGCGGUUCUUUCGUCUAUGGCGCCCUUCCCCCACCUCACAUAUCUAAGCAUAUUUGUUACAUCCCCGAGUGGCGACCAUUUCUUCAGAUUCCUCGCAGCAAUACCUGCCCUAGCAACAUUGAGGAUUUUCCCCUGGUCUGCAAACAUCACGCCGCGACACCCGUUGCCAGCCCUGUCUUCCCUUCGGUCUUACGACGGCUACCCAAACCUGCUUUCGUACAUUGUGCCUGGACGACCAGUCGAUUGUGUUUGCCUCGUGCUCAUGAUGGUCACUACAAAUGACGAUCAACCAGGUUAUGCCAUCCAUUCCGAGCUGGUCUCGACCGUGCGCGACAUCUCACUUUCUGCAGUCUCAGUCAGGAAACUAGCAAUCGAGUAUUUUCUGCCCACUUUAGAUAACCUCGCCGCCAUCGCGAAGCAUCUUCCAGAUCUUCAUCACCUGGACUUAGGUCUUAUCUCGGGGCCCCCGCCACUAACACCCGGAGAAAUUAUCACCCUUUCCGAGUCAAGUUCUGAGUUCGGCCUCAACCAUGCUGGUGAACCACUUGAUACUGUGGACACUGUGCAGGUACGUCGAAUCGCAACUAAGGCCAUACCCUCACGAAACUCUUUUCAGGGCCUUCUGGUUUGGCUGGCGGAGGGUCGUGCCCCACUUCCGCCUAAGUUGGUGACACUUCGGCUAUCACAUAGUUCAACAGAAAACGAGGACGUGCAAUGUGUGGAAGGUAUCAAACAAUGGGAACUCGUUCGUUGCUUGCAUAGUAGGUAUCCGAGACUGUGCGAGGUCGAGAUGGGAGGAUGCCGUUGGUGGAGGGAGGAUGUGCAUUGGUCGCGGGAGAUUCUUGAUUUUGAGGAAACGUAGAUCCUUGUCGUGUGCGUAUAGGGCCGGAUGUGCUUCAGGUUCACACCAGUGGGAUGCAAAUAACACUAUAGACGCACAUCUAUUACCACUCCUGACAAACUACGCUGAAGAACAGGUGGACUGGGA